AAUUCCAAACGAUUAGAUCGCGUGUAUAAUUCGCAUUAUAUAAAGAAACAAGCUAUUAAAAAGAACUUCACGUCAUGAAUUAUCACGUAUAUUCAUUAAUAAUAUAAUAACAAUUAUAUAGGUAUGAUAAAGAUAUAUUUAAUUAAGUUGAAAGAGAGAGAAAAGGACGAGAGAGAGAGAGAGAGAGAGAGAGAGAGAGAGAGGUGUUGUUUCUAGAGAAGCUUUGUUAUAUAGUAAUUUAAUUCGGAGAACACUAUGAAAAUUAACUUAAAAUAUUGCAUGCUCACGAAAAUGUGUAACCCAUCAUGCAAGCAAUGACGGUCAUAGGAGAGAAAUGGGGUAAAGUGUUAUGGAAAGAUGAGGGGUAAAGGAGCAUGAGGAAGAGGAGAUGGAGGAAGAAGAAGAAGAAGAAGAAGAAAAGGGGUGAAAGAGGGGAGGCAGGGGCUGGUUAGCUAUUUUAUCGACGGUCGUAUCGAGACACGAUGAAAAAGGUGAAUAUUUUUCAAGAAGUUUCCUCACCGUCCUUUGGUCCAAUCAUAUAAAGAAGAAAUCUCAUCGUCGAUGGACAACGUUAUCCAUCGUUCGGUCUUCGAAGAAGAACAAGAAAGAUCCAUCGUUGAUUCUUAGUUUAUAUCAAAAGGAUAUUAUUCAGGAUUUUGAGAUAAAAGAAGGAAAAAAGAAAAAAAGAUAAAUCAAAUUAGCUGCUUUAUCAAAUUUAUUCUAUUUUGGUGAAUAUCAGAAAAGAAAUAUUUCUAUGGGAUAUGCUCGAUAGAGGACAAAUUCGAAAAAGUAAUUGAAAAAGAAAGAUAGUGGGGAAAGAAAAGGAAACAAGGGAAAAGGGAGAGAAUAAAAAAAAGGGGUGGGAGAAAGAGAAGGAAAUAGAACAAAAAAAAGAGAGAGAGAGAGAGAGAGAAAACACGAACAGAAACGUUUCUAAUCUCGUUUCUAAUCUCGUUUCUAAUCGUGAAGGAAAAAACGAGGAUCGAGUUUUGCGAUGCCACGAAAGUGGUGUUCAAAGGAUCGUGCGUUAAAAAGGAUCAUUAUACAUCGUGGGUUCACGUGAGAGAGCUCGUUCGAUUAAAAGAAGAUCUAACAAACGAAAGUGAGAGAUAGAAAAAGAGGGAGAGAGAGAGAGAGAGAGAAAGAGAAGUAGAGAGAGAGAGAGAGAGAGAGAGAGAGAAACUCUCCGUGAACUUAAACGAGAAGACAAGUCCUUUUUGAUCUCUAACCAAUAAUAUUUCUUAAGCUUUUGCGUGGACAUCAGGAUCUUUUGCAAACGUCACGAAAAAGAGAGAAAAAUACAAAGAAAAAAAAAGACAGAGAGAGAGAGAGAGAGAGAGAGAGAGAGAGAGAGAGAGAAAAGGACAAUGAAAUACUGUCGAUGAACGCGCAUCUCGCGCUUUUAUUCAUUUUCCAUAUUUUUCUAUCCACUUUCUUUCCUUCUUCCACAUCUUCUUUCUGUUCUUCUUCUUCUUCUUCUUCUUCUACUUCUUUCGCUUGUAUUUUUCUUAGUUCAGUUUAAUUUUGUUUCGUCUUUUUCUUUCUUUUUUCCUUUAAUUUUUCGUUGAUCCAUCCAUCAAUCCAUCAAUCCAUGAUCCAUGAUCCAUGAGGCGAACGAGAAAGUACGAUGAUACGAUCGAUUACAAAGAAUACAAAUACUUGCGAAUGUUAACGUGUACUUUUAUCAAAUCGGAAAAUCUUCUUCUAUGAUCUUUGAUCUUUUAUCGAUAGAUCAUAAUUAAUGAUUUAAAGUGAAAUUAAAAUAAUAUUUACUAACUUUAUUAUAUAUUAAAGAGAUAUAAUAAGCGAUAAUGUUUUAUAAAUGGAUGAGAUCCAUCUUGGAUAUAGAUUGGCCUUGAAGAUCACGGGUUAAUGAACUCCUCUUCUCUUUCUCUCUCUCUCUCUCUCUCUUUCUCUCUCUCUCUCUUUUAUUUUGUCCUUCCUUUCACUUUUUCUUAUUCUUAUUCUUCCUCUUCCUCUUCGAUUCUUCAUUUUAUAUCCUCUUUUGAAAAAAUCUUUUGGAAACGACGAAGAGAAGAAGGAAGAGAAACAAUCAGUCAAGGUCAUUGAUUCAUUCGAAAACAUUUCGUUGGAGCUCCGCAGAUGGGAGCUGGAUGGUUGGCUGGACCCGACGGGGUUGUGAAAAUCCUUACAAGAAAAGAACGAUUUGUAGAAGAAGUCUCGAUAGGACAUAUCGUUCGAGUAUCGACGCUAUUAGUAGUAGUACCACUGGUACUACUCUUAGCGUUUCUCGAUCCUCGUUAUCAUCCACCAUCUUUAUCCUCAUACCGAGCUUAUUCUAGCUCACCCUUCUCCCUCCUGAUUCGGCCGCGUAAACUCGAUCAAGCUGGAAUUGAUGGAGUUGGAGAACAUCGUGGCCAACACUGUGUACCUCAAAGCGAGAGAAGGCGGUGGUGACAGCAACAAAGGAAAGAGUAAGAAAUGGCGGAAGAUACUUCAGUUUCCACAUAUUUCCCAAUGCAUCGGCCUAAAAGAUAAAUUGGACAUUAGGUACGGGUAUGUCGUGGAUCAGCAACCAAUCGGAAGGCUUCUCUUCAGGCAAUUUUGCCAGGACAAGAAACCGGCCUAUCAUCAAUACAAUCUUUUCCUGGAUGCAAUUGAAAAAUAUGAGAUCGAGAUGGAUGAAAAUCGUAUGGAAUUAGCUAAGGAUUUGUUCGAACAGUACCUGAAACGCGAGGGCUCCGAAAUUGUUGAUAUAUUGAACGAUUCGUUGAUAUUACAAUGCGAGCAGAGAUUAACCUCCGGUGAAAAAGAAUUGUUCGUCGAGAUCGCACAAACGGUGAAAAAUUUUCUCGCUGGCGAACCAUUCUCGGCCUUUCAAACCAGUUUCUAUUUUUACAGAUAUCUCCAAUGGAAAUGGUUGGAGGCUCAACCGGUAACCUACAAGACGUUCCGUAUGUAUAGAGUCCUUGGUAAAGGUGGUUUCGGUGAGGUAUGUGCCUGCCAGGUCAGAGCGACCGGUAAGAUGUAUGCCUGUAAGAAACUCGAGAAGAAGAGGAUAAAGAAGAGAAAGGGAGAGGCUAUGGUACUGAUUGAAAAGAAUAUACUACAGAAGAUCAAUUCUAAGUUCGUUGUUUCGUUAGCCUAUGCAUAUGAGACUAAGGAUGCCCUCUGUCUUGUUUUGACGAUUAUGAAUGGGGGCGAUUUGAAGUUUCACAUUUACAAUAUGGGCGGUGAGCCUGGUUUCGAUAUUAACCGGGCUAGAUUUUAUGCUGCUGAGGUGGUAUGCGGUUUGGAACAUUUGCAUCUUCAAGGUAUUGUUUAUAGGGAUUGUAAACCAGAGAAUAUAUUACUCGAUGAUCAUGGCCAUGUUAGGAUAUCUGAUCUUGGCCUGGCUGUAGAGAUUACCGAGGGUGAUAUGGUACGCGGUAGAGUUGGAACUGUUGGUUAUAUGGCACCUGAAGUGAUAGACAACGAGAAAUAUACAUUUUCACCUGAUUGGUUCAGUUUCGGUUGUCUUCUUUAUGAAAUGAUCGAGGGCCAAGCUCCAUUCAGAGCAAGAAAAGAAAAGGUUAAACGCGAGGAAGUUGACAGAAGAGUUAAAGAAGAUCAAGAAAGGUAUUCCACCAAAUUCACCGAGGAAGCUAAGAGCCUUUGCCAGCAGUUACUCAAGAAAAGUCCGAAAAACAGAUUGGGCUGCAAGUGCGGCAGGCAUGGGGCGAAGGAGGUCAAACUUCAUAGUUUCUUUCAGUGCUUAAACUGGAAGAGGGUCGAGGCUGGUAUGUGGGAACCGCCAUUUGUGCCGGAUGUGAUCAUCCUAUUUCAGCCUCACGCUGUCUACGCUAAAGACGUCCUAGACAUCGAGCAAUUCUCGACGGUGAAAGGUGUUAAUCUCGAUGCCACGGACGACACCUUUUACAGUAAAUUUAACACGGGAAGCGUAUCCAUUCCUUGGCAAAACGAGAUGAUAGAGACUGAGUGUUUUAAGGAACUCAAUGUGCUAGGUCCUAACAACACGCCUACUCCAGACUUAUUGAUAAAUUAUCUACCACAGAGCAACGAGAACAGAGGCUGUUUUCCAUUCCGUAGAAAGGAGAAGCAGAGCGCACGUACAAAGGAGAUACCGUUAUCCGAGUGCCAUUUGUUGGAGCUGUCACAGAGUCAGAGCUCUGAGAUGUCGGUCAGCUGACUCAGGGUGAACGCCUGUAGCGUGAAUCAAUCGGCAUCGCCGUCUUAUCGUUGUCGUCGUGGUCGAAGACGACGUACAUCGAGAUGUUGUCCAAAGCUUCUCUGAAAGGGAAUCAUAGAGAAGGAAAAGGAGGAGAAGGAGAUGAGUUCUAUCUCCUUUUAGAUGAAUAUGUCCCUUUAACAAAUCUCUCCUCAUUCGCUCACUCCCUCGAGAGAAAGAGAUUGAGAAAGAGAGAGAGAGAGAGAGAGAGAGAGAGAGGGAGAGGGAGAGAGAGAGAGAGAGAGAGAGAGAUAAGGAGAUAAAGGAGAAAUUUCGAAGGUCCUUGAAGAGGAAACGGAAAAAGAAGGGAAAAAAAUGAUAAGAAAAAUAACAACGUCCAAUAAAAAAGAAAAAAGAAAGAUAAAGAAAAAGACAAAUAGAAAAUCGAGAGGAUGCAAUAUUUUUUCUUUGUUAAAACAAAUAUGGCCAUUCAAGGUCUUUCAUAAUCGUUCCAUGGUCGUUCAUGGUCAUUCUUUUAAUUGAGAUCUUUUCUUCUCGGAUUAGCAUUUUUUAAAUAAUAAUGGCUUUCAAUAAUAAUAAUAAUAUUAAUAAUAAUAAUAAUAAUAAUAAUAAUAAUAACAAAUAAUAAAUAAUAAUAAUAAUAAUAAUAAUAAUAAUAAUAAUAAUAAUAUU